GACAGAAGCUGAAAUGUCGGAGUACAAGUCUGUCCAGAAAGGCUCUUUAAAACUGAAAGGGGUUUCUUUACCAAGUAAAAAGAAAAAGAAGAAGAAUAAGGAAAUGAAGCGUUUGGAGGAACAAGUUUUGACCUCUGAAAACGAAGAAGGAACUAAAAAAGCUUAUGUUGACAAAAGGACACCAGCACAGAUGGCAUUCGACAAAAUACAAGAGAAAAGGCAAAUGGAAAGAAUCUUGAAGAAAGCCUCCAAAACACACAAGAGAAGAGUUGAGGAUUUCAACAGACACCUGGACACACUGACAGAGCAUUAUGACAUUCCUAAAGUCAGCUGGACGAAAUAAAUAUUUGUGGAUUUUCAGUUUCAUGCUUCAAUAGCAUAUGGGCUUGUUUUUGUUUUCUUGUAAUUAGUGCUGCAGCAAAGUCCAGAGUGAUUUUAAGUUUUCAUUUAAAAUUUUAAACCCUUUUGGAUGCAGUCAACCUCUUUCUUUCUUUUUCUUUUCUUUUCUUUUUUAACACAUUCAAGGUUCAAAUGUUUGUGAAAAUUACAUUUUGUAACUUGUGGUUCAAUUAUGUAUUUAUGCUGUUGAUUGGCUUUUGUUUAUUGCAAGGCUUGACUGCCAAAAAAAUAGUCCAAACAUGUAAAGUGGCUUCAAUUGCAAUUUAUGACAGAAAAUGUUGAUUCAAGAGUGAUGCUUUGUUACAUUUGUGCAUGUGACUGUAUAAGUUUCCUUAAUAAAAUUCAUUUAAGCCAA